AUGUGGCGUCGCGGUGAGUCAUUAUUCCUUGGAAAGGACGAGGAGCGCUGGGCUAGUGCAAGGAAAGAUCAAAGGGGGAAAGAAGCUUGGAAGUUUAUCAAAAGUGUCCAAUCCUUGGACCUGAAUUCGUCCAAAGAUGGCUCGAAAACGCGGUAUGCCAGUGUUAUUGGCAUUCCUGAUGGCAUGGUGUCAGGAUCCAUGGGAGGCGCUACGCCUCCGUCCGCUACACAAACAAGUCUUUCUGAAAGAAGGAACUCCAGCUUGCAAUUGCCAGGAGCAUCCAAGAACGCCAAGUCGCCACCCUCCCCCCCGCUGGUCUCGCCCAAUGCCCUGCUGGCCCAAUCCGUCCAGGCCUCGCCAAGCAAGGUAGAUGCGUCCUUCAUGCCUUCGCGGGAUGUAGCGCUAAAACAGUUCAUGCGUGAUAAGGCUGUCUUAGACGAACAAAUUGGCGACGUGCCCAGGUUCGCUAAGCCUACAGGGGAGGUGAAGACCCUGCCCGAUCUCGAAGUCAAGUCGCCUGCCUCUGUGCGGAUAGCCGACUCAUCAGUGGAACAGCGCCGUAAUCGCCGCCUGAAACUCUUGCAGCCGGCGAUGAAAGAUCAUGCCCUUACGCCGCGCCGAGGCUCGCCCGUGCUAGGCAUGCAAAAGAAGGAGGCCUAUAUUCCUUUGUACGGUAACCUGGAGAUCCUUACUUUGGUCCCUAAACGGUCUGUGGAGCAGGUCGAAGGUACCCUUUAUCUGAUUACCACGCCUGAUAAUCGUGUUUUCUCGGCAGCGAAGCGGCGACGCUGGGCAAUGGAUGACGAAGGCCACUUUUUUGCCGCGAUGGAGAUCAAGAGUGUGGAAUCCAAGCUCCGGAGUGCGAAGAACGAAAUUCGCGACCCUGUGUAUGCGAAGGAAUACGAGAUGGAUCUCCAGAUGCACUAUUUGGAUGACAUCUUGAUGGAGCUGCAAAAGGCGGAGUCUUUGGUGCCUGGUGGGAUGAAGACAGUGCCACAUGUGCUGCAGACGGAAGAUGGGAAGAUUGUGCGCUUGGAAGAAGAUUUCCCGGAAGAGGCCUUUUUCGUGAUUGCAGGGUGUGAGGAUGAGGAGUUGUACCCUGUCAUUGUGCGCAUCUUCAUCGACUCUGUGCGUCUUUUAUGGCGUCUGCAUUCUCAUGGCUGGAUGCAUGGUGACAUCAAGUUGGAGAAUUUGAUGUUCGACAAGGAUAAAAAACUCACGAUUAUCGACUAUGAGAACGCAUCGCCAUUCCGCGGCUCGCCCUACCAUGACGGCAAAAUCCAGCUUUUGAGCUUCGACUGGAUCCCACCAGAGCUGGAAGUAAGUGUGAAUGGCCGUCGUAUGGGUCCCUCGGGCGAUUUGUGGGCGCUAGGCUGCAACUUGAUUCGUGCCUUUGCCUUACGUGAUGGCAUCUCCGAUAUUGAUAUACGUCGAAUGUUAAUGGGAGAUGGCCGUGAUACAUUCUUUCAGUUCCGACGUAGCCUGAUGGAUUUGUCCGAUGUGAUGCCAUGUGCACCACCGAUCCAUUAUGGUAUCAAUUUAACACCCCUUCUUCAUGCCGCCGAUAUGGAGGUGGACCCGCCCUAUAUGAACCCAGCGCGCCUCCUUCGUCUAUUUGCGCGCCGUGGCCCAAAACUACUGCAGUACGUGUUGGCGCACAGCGUAACACCGAGCCCUAAAGAACGGAAUGAAAAGCUCGGCGUGCAACUCGCGGAAGAAAUGCUCCAUGACCACGAUUAUGCCCGCACAUGGGACAUUGUGGACAACGCAUUGCAACAAUCGUUGGACAACAGUGGUAGUGCCUGGGUCAAACCCAAGUUGGACGAGGCUCGGGCCAUUCUCGCUAUGUAA